AUGAAAGUUCUUUACCUCCUUGUUAGCAUCUUGGCUUUGGCAUCUUCUGUUUCCUUUGCUUAUGACCCAAGCCCUCUCCAAGACUUUUGUGUUGCAAUUCAAGAUCCCAAAGAUGGUGUAUUUGUGAAUGGAAAGUUUUGUAAAGAUCCAGCGCUAGUCAAAGCUGAAGAUUUCUUCAAACAUGUUGAACCUGGGAAUACUUCAAAUGCAUUGGGCUCUCAAGUGACUGCAGUCACAGUAGACCAACUAUUCGGAUUAAACACACUCGGCAUUUCUUUGGCUCGAAUUGAUUUUGCACCCAAGGGUUUAAACCCACCCCACACUCACCCUCGAGGCACAGAGAUCCUUAUAGUUCUAGAAGUUGCUAUCGCUGGACUUAGCAGUCAAAAUCCAGGAGUUAUCACUAUUGCAAAUGCUUUGUUUAAAUCUAACCCACCUAUUUCUGAUGAAGUUCUUACCAAAGCUUUUCAAGUGGAUAAGAGUAUAAUUGAUUAUCUUCAAAAACAGUCUUGGUAUGACAACAACUAG